AUGCCUAGACACUGCUCUGCAGCUGGCUGUAAAUCUCGUGACACCAAAGAAUCCCGUGUAGCUGGUAUUACAUUCCACAGGUUGCCAAAACGGGGCACCCCUCGUCGGACCCUUUGGAUAAUCAACUCACGUCGUAAGGGCCCAGAGGGCAAGGGGCAGUGGGACCCACAGAAUGACUUCAUCUAUUUCUGCUCCAAACAUUUCACGCCAGAGAGCUUUGAGCUUUCAGGAGUCAGUGGAUAUCGACGCUUGAAGGAUGAUGCAGUACCCACGGUCUUUGAGACACUAUCGCUACAGAAAGGCAGGUCCGGGAACAGGACCUCAAGGGGAAGGGGAAAGCAGGCUGACGUCAGCCGUGAUGUGGAGGCGUCAAACAAUCAGGAUGUCCUCAAAGGAUCUGACACAGGAAACGCAACUGGUGGAAAAGAAGAUGAGAGCCCCAAGACAGCUAAUGACAGCGGGGCAAAUGCAAUGGCUCCUCUUCCUCUUCCCAAAGCUGAUCCAGCGCAGCAGGGGGUAUCUGGUGGGCCCCCCCAGUCAUCAUGUGACCCACCACCUGACCCUUCCACUUCUGCAUCUUCUCCCCGCCCCCCUUCCCCGUCUUGCUACAUGAGGCGCCUGCCGCCUCCUCCAGGUUUUUACGUGCCGAAGGAGCAUAGCUAUGCUCAGCUCUGCCCCCUAGUGUGGCGUAAACGCUAUGACAAGGCUAUCGACAACCUGGAAAAAGCACUGCGCUUGCUGAGCGCCGCCCGACGGCGGGAGAACAGACUACGUCACGCUUUACUGCGCCUCCGGGAGAGCCGACUGAGGAGCACCCUCUCCCGCAUACGAGACGGAACCCGUAUAAAGGAGGCCCGUGGGAGGCAGUCUUCUUGGGCCCUCCAAAGGGGAGAGGCGGCAAAAUCAGAAAGGGGUGGGCUAGAGGAAAAUGACUUAGAUGGGGUGACUGAAGAUUUGGAUCUUUUGACUGAGGAGACAGGGUGGAGAGGACAAACACAAGCGUCUAGGGAGAGGCUGAGAGUGGAGGAGGAGGAGGGAUGUUGCUUCUACUGUGGAAGAGGACGAGAAGAGGAUGGGUCAAAAGAGGCAGCUGCCAAAGCCGUGUCUCAGAGAGCAAGUGAUGUCCAAAAAUUGCCAAGCAGAUACAAAAAGGGGCAAGAAGGUAAAAGAGGAAGAGGCAGGGUUUCUAAGGUACCUCCGGGUCAGAGGUCAGAUGGUACCGGGGUUGACGACGGAGAACCGAAGGAGUGUUACUUCUAUUACUGUCAACCCAUGGACAGUGAGGAGGGUGUGCAGGUCGUCACCAUGGAGAUGACACCUCCACGACCUGAGAAGGAGGGCAAAGCCUCGACAGAGUUGCACGGCAACGCGCCGCAGCAGUUCACCCUGCUGCCUCCACCGGCUGAAAUGCAUCUACAGAUGCCAGGGCUCUCAGGCUCUCUCGCGACACUGCAAGAUGCCACCAACACCACCGUCCAGCUGCAGCAGGUCCAGAUUCUGCAGUCCAGUCCAGCACUUCAGCCCAGGCUGCUCCUCACAGAUAUGACUACGAGCGAUAAGGGUGCGACGGAGAACCUUCAAGAGGAGGAGCAGCAGCACGUGUUUUGGGUGCAGGAAGGAGCGGAGGGGCGUCUGCUCCUGCUUCCGCUGGCUGCCGACAACAGGGAGAAAGGUGGGGUCAGCGUUGAGGGUGUGAUGGAGGACACGGGAUCCGACACUGUUUUGGUGUCAGCAGUGGGAUUCCAGCAGGAGCCCACAGAGGAAAAGGAUGGGUUGAAUGCGGAGACUGAGGAAAUGGGAGCAAGGAAUGCUGGUCUGAGAGACAGGCAGAGUGGCCAUCAGUCUAACGUUAGGAGCGGAACAGUGAGUGGAGAUGUAAGAGAAAGGUUAAAGGAACAUCUGGAAGGUUUUCAACUUCAGCUGAGCAAUGAGUUCAUUGACUGA